CAGUUCUCCCGAAUUCACCCUCACCGCCAGCAUUAGAUAGAUUCUGGAUUUUCAGCCUCUAUUCAACAAGAAGCGAUCAAAGAAUAAUCACACUCAUCUCUUUUACCGUGGAAUUCGUUGUGUUGUGUUGUGUGGCACACCAAACUCACUACUCUGUUGGAAGUGAUGAAGGCUCUCACCAGUUCUUGUUCUAAGGCCAUCGUCGAUACUCUAGGAUCUUUGCCUCCUAGAGUUGCCGUUCGUGUUUCUGAUAGACCCGAAUUCUUCCUCUCUCCGCGUCCAAGGAAAGAAAAGAAGGGUUGCAACUUAUGGCUCCUCAAAGUUGUUCCCAUCAAGGGCGUUUUUCCAGUUCAUGCAGUGCCAUCAAAAGACCAGGUGGACUUGGAAACUGCAGAACCUGAAGCUCAAAACAAUGAACAAACAAAUGAAUCGAAGUUUGUUCGUGUAGCAUUUCAGUUGCAAAAGAACUGUGACUUCGGAGAACAGUUUCUUAUAGUUGGAGAUGAUCCUACGCUUGGUUCAUGGGACCCUUUAGAAGCAUUGCCGAUGACAUGGUCUGAAGGGCAUAUAUGGACUGCUGAGAAGGAUAUGCUUGUUGGGAAGUCAAUCCAGUUCAAGUUCAUAUUGAAAGGAAAAGAAGGUGAUAUUAUUUGGCAGCCAGGAUCAGAUAGAGUCAUCCACACUUGGGAAACCGUGAAUACAAUAACUGUUUGUGAAGAUUGGGAGAAUGAAGAACUUCAGAAAAUAACAGAGGAAGAACAGCUUGCUGAACCGGAUAAGGAACCCCAGAUUGACUCUGAAGUGUCUGCUUCUGCUGAAAUUUUGGAUAAUCCUCACAACGAACUGGAUUCCAAUGCAUCUGUAAUAAAGGCUGUUGAGAUACCACUUACUGAACCAGUCACUUAUAAUGGUAGUUCUUUCUCCACGGAAAUUCGUUAUGUUAUUGUUGCAGAAAAUACAAUUUUCUAUGAGAAUCUCAUCAAGAAUACUAGGAGUAAAUUGAAUGAAAAGAUUGAACGGAGUGAAGAAUCAGCUGAUAGUGCAGGAAAUGAUGAUAUAAUUAAUGAUCUUGGAAACAAUGGAAGUACCGCAUCACUCAAUGAGGAAGGGACAGUUGUGGAAAGCAGCUUAUUUGAUUUUGAAGGCGGUCCUGUUCUUGUACCUGGCUUAACAAUACCACCUACUGAGCCAACAAAUGAGGCAAGCCAAGGUGAAAAAGUUCAAGAAAAGACUACCAAGGACAUUUCAGUUGAAGGUUCUGAAACUGAUCUAGAGCAGAAUCCACCUGAGGAAAUAAAAGCGACAAUGAAUAAUCAGCCAGAGCAAAAUUCUUUGUCCCCAGAUACAGAAGGCAAUCCCUUGCAAAAUCACAUAAAGAAGUUUCUUUCAAAACUAGGAUUCGCUUGAGGGUCAAACUUUAUGGACCCAUGGAAGAAAUUUCAUUGAAGUUGAUCAUUUUUCUGAUCCAUUUGAACAAAUUUUACCGGCCUGGGAAAGAUUGUAUAAUUCUUUCAAUUUUGGCUACUUCUGUGAUCUGUGUAGCUGGUAUUAGUUUCAUGAUAGGUAGUUUUGUGGUUAUGAAUGGCAUAGUGAUAGUAAUUUAUAUAAUGUAUCCUCUUGUAAUAAGUACUGUGGAACACUUCUAUAUUUUUCCUAUUCUUAUCUAUAAAAUUUUGGAAAAUGUAAA